UCCUCCCUGAGUGACUUCCGGCAGGGAGGGUUCGGCCCCCAGAGAGGGUGGGGAGAUGACACAGUUGUUCCCCCAGCCCUGGCGGGGCGGGCAGCAUGGUUCACUCCAGCAUGGGGGCUCCAGAAAUAAGAAUGUCUAAGCCCCUGGAGGCCGAGAAGCAAGGUCUGGACUCCCCAUCAGAGCACACAGACACUGAAAGAAAUGGACCAGACACUAAUCAUCAGAACCCCCAGAAUAAGACCUCCCCAUUCUCUGUGUCCCCAACUGGCCCCAGCACAAAGAUCAAGGCUGAAGACCCCAGUGGCGAUUCAGCCCCAGCAGCACCCCUGCCCCCCCAGCCGACCCAGCCUCAUCUGCCCCAGGCCCAACUCAUGUUGACGGGCAGCCAGUUAGCUGGGGACAUACAGCAGCUCCUCCAGCUCCAGCAGCUUGUGCUUGUGCCAGGCCACCACCUCCAGCCACCUGCUCAGUUCCUGCUACCGCAGGCCCAGCAGAGCCAGCCAGGCCUGCUACCGACACCAAAUCUAUUCCAGCUACCUCAGCAAACCCAGGGAGCUCUUCUGACCUCCCAGCCCCGGGCCGGGCUUCCCACACAGGCCGUGACCCGCCCUACGCUGCCCGACCCGCACCUCUCGCACCCGCAGCCCCCCAAAUGCUUGGAGCCACCAUCCCACCCCGAGGAGCCCAGUGAUCUGGAGGAGCUGGAGCAGUUCGCCCGCACCUUCAAGCAGCGCCGCAUCAAGCUGGGCUUCACGCAGGGUGAUGUGGGCCUGGCCAUGGGCAAGCUCUACGGCAACGACUUCAGCCAGACGACCAUUUCCCGCUUCGAGGCCCUCAACCUGAGCUUCAAGAACAUGUGCAAACUCAAGCCCCUCCUGGAGAAGUGGCUCAAUGACGCAGAGACUAUGUCUGUGGACUCAAGCCUGCCCAGCCCCAACCAGCUGAGCAGCCCCAGCCUGGGUUUCGAUGGGCUGCCCGGGCGGAGACGCAAGAAGAGGACCAGCAUCGAGACAAACGUCCGCUUCGCCUUAGAGAAGAGUUUUCUAGCGAACCAGAAGCCUACCUCAGAGGAGAUCCUGCUGAUCGCCGAGCAGCUGCACAUGGAAAAAGAAGUGAUCCGCGUCUGGUUCUGCAACCGGCGCCAGAAGGAGAAACGCAUCAACCCUUGCAGUGCGGCCCCCAUGCUGCCCAGCCCGGGGAAGCCGGCCAGCUACAGCCCCCAUAUGGUCACACCCCAAGGGGGCGCGGGGACCUUACCGUUGUCCCAAGCUUCCAGCAGUCUGAGCACAACAGUUACUACCUUAUCCUCAGCUGUGGGGACGCUCCACCCCAGCCGGACAGCUGGAGGGGGUGGGGGCGGGGGCGGGGCUGUGCCCCCCCUCAAUUCCAUCCCCUCUGUCACUCCCCCACCCCCGGCCACCACCAACAGCACAAACCCCAGCCCUCAAGGCAGCCACUCGGCUAUCGGCUUGUCGGGCCUGAACCCCAGCACGGGCCCUGGCCUCUGGUGGAACCCUGCCCCUUACCAGCCUUGAUGGCAGCGGGAACCUGGUGCUGGGGGCAGCUGGCGCAACCCCGGGGAGCCCCGGCCUGGUGACCUCGCCGCUCUUCUUGAACCAUGCUGGGCUGCCCCUGCUCAGCACCCCGCCUGGCGUGGGCCUGGUCUCAGCAGCAGCUGCGGCCGUGGCAGCCUCCAUCUCCAGCAAGUCUCCUGGCCUCUCCUCAUCCUCUUCAUCCUCCUCCUCCUCCUCCUCCACUUGCAGCGAGGUGGCCGCACAGACCCCUGGAGGCCCAGGGGGGCCCGAGGCAGGGUCCAAACCUGAGUGAGGGCCAGCCAUGCCUCCCCUCCCAUUCCUCUGAUCCCUGCCUUGGUCCCUCACCUGGGAAGAGGGCGAGGAGGCCAGUGGUGGGGACACAGAGGGUCCUCAGAGCAGAGUGACAAGGGAGGAAAGACCAAAAAAACCAACCAAAAAAAAAAAAAAAAAAAGAAAAAAACUAACCAACCAACAAAAGAGAAGACCAAAAAUAAUCACAACAGAAACCAGCUGCCCCAAAGGAACCAGAGGUGAAAAACAAACAAACAAAAAAAAACAAAAACUAACCAAAAAAAAACCCCACAAAAUCAAACAAACCAAAAAACCAGUCGCGAGCCAGACCUCAGCGUGCUCACCCUCACUGCUACAACGCCAAAUAAGAACCCCAGCCAGGGGCGGAGAAGCCUCCAGCAGGUCAGACCUCAUGCCACCGAGCCCUGGCUGUGGGACCAACCCCCAACCCUGCCUCCCCCCAUGGGGGCUACAGAUGGAAAAAGAGAAGAUGCCAGCUUCCUAGUCCCGGCCCCCAGCCUGGACCAGCGAAGACAGGGCACAGCCUGGGCAGAUGGGCUGGGGCUCAGCACCACCCACCAAAUGUUCUUUUCCAGAAGGUGAAAGAGAAAGGGCCUGAACAACCUUACACCAAAUAUUCAGUAGCUUCAUCCAAAGGAUGUACAGAAUUUUUAGCAUUGUGUUCAACAGAAUGUGUCCCUACCAUGUGUCCCCCUCUCCCCUGGCCCCCAGCUCUCCCCACCUGGGCAGGGGGGCUCGCUUUAACCUCCUGCCUCCCCCCAGCCAGGGGAGAGUUCAAGAGAAGGCCUGGGGACAACUUUUCAUCCCUUGUUCCUCCCUCUUUUCCCCUUUGAAAGGUGGGCUAGGCCAUUUUGCCAAGUUCUAGCUCUCACAAGUCCCUCCUCAACCCUGUCACCCUCCUCUGCUCUGGAAGCGACUCCCUCCCCAUCUUAUGGGAAGGUGGAAGUUUCAGGCUAGAGGGGAUGAAGGCAUUCAGUUGAGGGCGUUCAGUUGUCUUUUUCCAUCCUGUCUGUUUCCCUGAAAAAAAAAUUCAUAUUCCAGUGCCUAUCCGUGGGAUCCUUCACGUUCUUUGACAUUAACCAGAAACCAAAAAGAGAACUCACCUUGCUUUUCCCACCCCGUGCCCCUCUGGUACUGGCAAAUGCCUCUCCCUCCCCCCCACAUGCACACACGCACACACCCCAGUGGUGGGGUUCCUCGAGAUGGCAUCCCCAUCAGGGUCCAUGUGGUGGGACAGUGCCACAGCCUGUGGUCCCCAUCUGAGAGGGUGUGGUGGUGGCCACCAAUCCCACAAGACCUCCACAAGUCUUGGCUGGGCCCUGUGUUUGACUAGCCCUGGACACAUCUCCACUGACGACGGACAGAGGAGAGACGCCACUGGGAGCCACCCUGCCCUCCUGCUAUUGUGGAGGCCAACAAAGUUUUGAACCAAAAACCAAAAAAACAGAAACAAUAAAUUUAAACUAGAAAAAAAGAAUUUAUAUAUAUAUAUAUACACACAUAUAUAUAUAUAUAUAUAUAAAAGGGAAAGAAGAUGAGGACUCUUCAAGAAUAAGACGGAACCGCGAGGUGGAGCCAAGCCCCUGCACCGGUGGCCCUUGUUCCCCAAGGCGGACAGAAGGACGGAUGCUUCUUUCUCUUCACAAAUACCUCAUGGACGUCGUCUUUGGGAAAGCCGGAGGGGGCAGCUAGGGCAGGGCCUGUCCCUCGGCCAGGGCAGAUAGAAGCAGGUGGGUGGGGCUGAGAGAGGGUGUCAGGGACAGCGGUGAAGAACCCCAAACUCCCCCACCCAGAUCAACUGAAAAAGCUUUAAAAAAAGAAAGACAGGAAAAAAGGGAGUAAGAAAGCAAAAAGAACAGAUGAAGGAAAACUUAACAACUUUCCGGUGGUUUGAUUCCUCCUUUGAUUUCUUUUUCGGUUCUCUUUUGUCUGUCCUCUCUCCUCCUCUCGUUCCUCUCUUCUCCCUCCUUCCUCUCUCCUCCCUCUCCCUUUGCUCUCCUCUCUCCUCUCAUAAUCUUGUUCUUUCUGUGUCUCUCCUCAAACCAAAGUGUUGCAGUGAAGGACACGAGCCAUUGAAAUCAGGGUGGGGCCUGACAGCCACAGUGUGGCCCCCGCCCCUCGCUGGGCAGGAGCAGAGAGAGGGGAGAGCCCUGAGACCACAGGGCUUUGGCCUGGGCAGCUUCCACUUUCUGCCGGACACUCCAAGGAGAGGCAGAUGGAGCCCCAGGCCUCAGCGUUCUCUUUUUUCCUUGUCUCCCUUCUCCCACCCGGGAAAUGAAACUGUUGGGCUGGGCCACGGAGGCAGCAGAGACUCGGCCAUUGCAGGGGCCUCCGGGUGCCUUGUCCGGGCAGUGGUGGAGUAGCCGCCCCUCCCACCCCUGGCACGAUGGGGCCUGGCACCUUGUUGACCCAUCCUCGCCGGAAUGUAAGCAUCUCCGCUGAAUGACUCCCUGCCCUUACCCUACCUCUGAGUUUGUCCAUGUUUAUUUCCUGAAGAGAGAAGGGACUGGCAAGAGGGCUUGGGCCCCAGCCCAAGGGUGGAGAGGGGGCCAAGGGCUCCUGACCAAAUAGGAAGGACAUUUGAGCAGAGCAAAAUGAAAGGAAUUACAACCAAAAACCCCCUCCGAGAAGACAGGCAGCAUGGAAGGCAUGGUGGAGAUGACUCAAACAAAAACUAUGAUUCUAGACCAAAAAGGAAAAAAAAAAAAAAAAAGUAAAGAAAAUCCAGGACUCACCACCACCCACUUCAUCCUGCUUCCUCCCCAUCAAGUCCCACCACCUGGGACCUCUCCCCACCCCAGUAUGGGGUAGUGGGGCAAAGAGAAGAGGAGGAGCAGGGGGCAGGGAUGGGGCAGAUGCCCUGACGUUGGUGGAGGGACCCCUGUGCAGCCAGGGGUGCUGGGGACCCUCCCCAUCCAACCCUCACACCUAGGAAAAGAAAAACAAGAAAAAAGAAAAUUCCUGGGAGGGGGAAAAAUAACCAAAUCCCAAGCUUUAACUACAGCUGUGAAACCAAAUAUUGGGAAGGGGGUAGGAGGGAGGGAGGGGCAGGUGAGCCCCAGGUCUCCCCCCUGGGCCCCCCUCCCCCGAGGACUCGAGAUAAGGCACCAAAUACCUCAUAGAACUUUAAUGUUAAAAAAAGGAAACCAAAUAUCGUUGGCUGGGGGCCAGCCAGGGCAAGGGGCUGGGGGGCUGGAGGGAGCCAGGGUUGGGAAGGUGAUGGGGGAAUUCAUGCCCCCCACCCCCAUCUGCCUCUUCCACUCUGGUCCCCCGUCUCGACUCCGGGAAACAAAACUAUCUCAUCGUUUUUAUUUUGUGGUCUGUACAGAGCCUGUGUCCGUGUGUCUGUGUGUGAGCGAGAGAAUUGGAGGGCAGGGGAGCUUUAUGUGGGGGAUGGGGAGGGAAACCCCAGGCUAGGCUAUGGGCUAGGUUAGAUGGCCGAGGUUGGGAGCUGAGGGCCUGGGCUGGAAAGAGAGGAGAGAUGAGUGGAUUGGAGCAGUGGGGAGCCCUCUGAAUUUCUCUUCUCCCCAACCUUGACCUCCUACUUAAGGGAGGGACAGAGACUGGGUCUACCCUAAUGGUAGGCCUUUUCAUUGUGCCAAAAAAAAAAAAAAAAAAA